CAAAUUAUUCCUGAUGCAACCUCAGCCCGGGCGGAGGCCGGCGCUUGACAGUAACCUCGUGCAAGCCCCGAGAGCCCCGAACGUCCAAGCCAAUCUCAAUCUCAUUCAGCUGCAAUCGCACAUUCCACAACAGACUGCAAGGAAGGAUGACAAUGGCUCAAAAACUCUCGGAUCAAGAGAAAGCCAGUGUGUGCAGCCUCAUCGACGAAUUCACCACUGGGGAAAACAGGAAGGUGGCCGGGCUCAUUUACUGUGCUUUCGGGGCCGAUGGCGAGCCCAUCAUCCAACACUGCUCCGGCACCGUGGGGGUUUCGUCUCAGCAGCCCAUGUCCCCGGACACGGUGUUCUGGCUCGCAUCCUUCACCAAGCUCGCCACGUCAAUAGCGUGCAUGCAGCUCGUGGAACAGGGCAUCCUGGCACUGGAUGACCCCGACCAGCUCGAGUCCCUCAGCCCCGAGCUGAGGGAUGUCAAGGUCCUGCGCCGCGACGACGCGGACGGAAGCUUCUCGCUCGUCGACAAGACGAGCAGGAUAACGCUGCGUAUGCUCUUGAACCACACAGCUGGGUUCGGAUAUGCGUUCGAGGACGAGAAACUGGCGCACUACGGACAGCCGAUCGGGCUGGACGAUUUCUCGGGCGAACGAGAGGACAUCAUUAAUCGGCCCCUUGUCAACCAGCCCGGCGCCAAGUUCCAAUACGGCACGUCCAUGGACUGGGUGGGCAUCAUCAUUGAAAGGACAUCGGGCCUCGUGCUUGAGGAAUACUUCCAGAGGAAUAUCUUUCAGCCCCUCGGCAUCCGGAGCAUCUCCUUCUAUCCGUCCGACGAGGCCAAGUCGAAUCUGGCAUGUCUGCAUCAGCGACUGCCCUGUGGAAAGUUGGUGCAGAGGGAUCACCUGUAUCGCAAGCCCCUACUGGCUAAGUCCGGUGGGCAGGACAAACCGGUGUUUUGCGCUGGUGGACAUGGCGCCUUCGGCAAGCCAGCCGAGUUUUCGAAACUUGUCGCCCUUCUUCUGAACGAUGGGGUUGAUGCCAAGACAGGAGCACGGCUCUUGAAGCCAGAGACAGUUCGCGAAAUGUUCAGAGACCAAAUUGCGGACAAGCCAAUCCACAGCAACGAGAGCGUCUCCGUCGCCAAGCCACUGCUAGCCAACCCGACGCCGCUCCAGCCCAUGCCCGACGACCACACCGAGGGCUGGGGACUGUCGUUCUGCAUUAGCCACCGGGCAGCGGAGUCGGGGCGGGCUGCCGGGUCGGCCAAUUGGGAGGGCUUGGCCAACCUCUUCUGGUUCGCCGACAGGGAGAACGGGGUGGGUGGUGUCAUUGCUUCGCAGAUCCUCCCAUAUGGCGUGGUGCCUCCCUCGGCGGACCGUGAGGCCCGGUUUGACGACCUAGUGCGCCUCCUCCAGAGCAUCCCGCCGUCCAUCUUCGACCCAUUCGAGAUCCACCGGGCCCACUACCAGUCUCCAGGCGGCCCGAUCGGCGCAGACAUCAUCAUUCCGAGGAAUGUCAAGUCGCCGGGGUCGCCACCCGUGAUCGUCAGGAUACAUGGGGGUUUCUUUGUCACGGGAUCGAGUCUCUUCCCGGCGUGGUUCUCCAAAUGGAUCCUGGACUACGCGGAGAUGCACGGGGCGGUGAUAGUCAGCCCGAAUUACAGGUUGCUGCCCGAGGUCAAGGGACGAGACAUCUUGCAUGACAUGGAGGCGUUCUGGGCGUGGCUGCGGGAUGGCGGAGCUCAGCGACACCUCCACGCCGUUGGGCGGUCCGACGUGUCGCUGGACAUGGGACGGUUGCUUCUGAUCGGCGAAAGCGCAGGCGGAUACUUGGCCCUCCAGUCGGUGCUCUCGCGAUUUGUUCAUCCAAAGGCCCUGGUUACGUUGUACCCAAUGCUGGACCUGCGUUCCGACUACUACACCACGCCGUUCGAGAAGCCCAUCUGCGGCGUGCCAAACUUCCCUGACGAGACGAUCGACAGCUUCUUGGCGGCUACCUCCGGGCGUGCCAGCAUCACCGAAGCAGAUCCGCCAGCAAGAUUGCGGCCGGCGUUGGCAACGGUGCAGACUGGGCGGCUGUUGGAGCUGAUGGGUGACGACCCGGAGCUGUUCGUGCUGGAGCGGAUCAGGAGCGGCAACCUACCCCAGAGAGCGGAAGGCGAGCCACUCCUGCCGCCGCUGUUCAUCCUGCACGGCGAGCAGGAUUCCGCGGUGCCUGUUGACGGCACGCUGAAACUGCUGAGGUAUCUCGAGGAGGACGAAGCAGGGCGGGAUGCAAGGACACGGGUGCACGCGGCGAUUCGUCCGGGAGACCAUGGGUUCGAUGCGUUCGCCACACCCAACGACGACUGGUUGAAGGAUGGGCUGGAAUUUGUGACGGCCGAGUGGCUUGGCGGCGGCCUUAGCUAGAUUAGUAAAAGGACGGGAUAUCUCGCAUUGCAGCAAGGCUUUGGGACCAUAUAGCAAGCGGUAUGAACGGACUUUGAAUAAUAAUUGAUGAACAUGGUAUUCAGGAGACAGCUGCAAUCGAACCCUUACUACUUGGUAGUACCAAGCUCAUUCAACUACCCAGUCAUCUACUAUCAAGAC